AUGCUCCUUCCCCUCCGUUGGUGUCGUCGAGCCGAGAGUAUCAGUUGCCCCGAUUGCCGGCGCUCAACAAAAAUGGCGGACAAGGCAGUGACCAUCCGAACCAGAAAAUUCAUGACAAACAGGCUGCUCUCCAGAAAACAAUUUGUUGUUGAUGUCCUUCACCCUGGGAGGGCUAAUGUUUCCAAGGCUGAGUUGAAGGAGAAAUUGGCAAGAAUGUAUGAGGUGAAGGACCCUAACACUGUAUUUGUCUUCAAGUUCCGAACUCACUUUGGUGGUGGCAAGUCCACUGGAUUUGGUUUGAUCUAUGAUUCAGUUGACAAUGCGAAGAAGUAUGAGCCCAAAUACAGGCUUAUCAGGAAUGGACUUGAUACUAAGGUAGAGAAAUCAAGGAAGCAAAUGAAGGAGAGAAAGAAUAGAGCUAAGAAGAUUCGUGGUGUAAAGAAGACCAAGGCUUCCGAUGCUGCCAAGGCUGGAAAAAAGAAAUGA